AUGUAUACUGCUCAUCCAACCGCAUCAUUUGGUGCUGCUGAUUUCGGAAAUCAUUUCUUAUGGGGCGUUGCCAUGGCGGCUGCACAAAAUGAAGGGGCCUGGAACGAAGACGGCAGGGGCCCUUCCAUCUGGGAUGUGUUUGCACGGCGCAAAGGCAAAAUAAAAGAAGCAUUUGGUGACAGGGCAAAGAACUGGAUAGUGUUGAAUGAACCGUUCGGCUUUACAUCGCUGGGGUAUAUGCUGGGCAGGCAUGCGCCGGGUAAAACCGGGCUGGACAAUUUUCUGAAGGCGGUGCACCAUGCGGCGCUGGCCCAGGCGGAUGGCGGCCGUGUAUUGCGCAGUGAAAUCAGUAACGCAUAUAUCGGCACCAGCUUUUCCUGCUCAGCAGUGCAUCCGCAUUCCGCGUCGGCUGCAGAUACAGAAGCAGCGCGCAAAACGGAUAUUUUGCUGAACCGGCUUUUUAUUGAGCCCUUGCUGGGAAAAGGCUAUCCCAAUGAAAAUUUUAAACUGAUAGAAAAGCUGGAGCUACUGAAUAAAUCCUGGAAGUACACAGAAAGACUGCGUUUCGAUAUGGAUUUUAUCGGGUUGCAGAAUUAUUUCCCGGUGGUGGUGAAACACAGUCCUUUUAUACCCUAUGUAAACGCCAUGGAAGUAAAAGCCUCCAGCCGCAAGGUGCCGCAUACUGCCAUGGGUUGGGAGAUAAGUCCUGAUGGUUUUCAUUCCAUUUUAAAAAAGUUCUGGAAGUACGGUGGGGUAAAAGAAAUCAUCGUAACAGAAAGCGGUGCAGCUUUUACAGACAAACUGGUAAACGGCCAGGUGCUGGAUACGGAGCGGAUGCACUACCACCAGCAAUACCUGAAAGCGUUGCUGCAGGCAAAGAAAGAAGGCAUUAAAAUAAAGGGGUAUAUGGCCUGGACGCUCACCGAUAAUUUUGAAUGGAGCGAAGGCUACAAUGCCAGGUUCGGACUGGUGCAUACCGAUUUUAAAACGCAGCUGAGAACGGUAAAACAAUCGGACAGCCUAAAACUUGAAGCCCGCAGUUACUGCUACAUUGCUGCCGGUGCCUUUUACCAGUGCAAAAGUAUUGGCCUUAUCGGGCAGCCUGUACGGAAAAUUAACGUCGUUUGUCAGACUGUGCACAUAACCAUCAUUGUUGAUAUCGCAGAUGUUCACGCCAUGUCCAUACCCUUCUAUGGUAAUGCCUGCCUGCCGGGAGACGUCUGUAAAUACGGGAUGCCUAAGACCGGUGUUCCAGUCGUUGCGGAAUAA